GAAUUUGAAAGUAGAAAAUGCAGAAUUGUUGAAAGAACUGGAGGUGAUCCAAGUCGAAAACGAACAGAUGCGUGCAGAAAAUACCGAGGCACGAGAUCAGUCAAAGGCACAAGCGGAUGAAUUGCAAAACCAAGUUGAUACCCUCAAAAUCUCGGAUACGAACUACGACUGAUCGAAGCCCAACAAAAAGCGCAAGCACUGGCAGAGGAAUUGAGCCAGUACCAAACAAAGCAGGGCGCAAAUUAUGAUGGCUGUGAUUCCAGUUUGCUGGAUGACAUCAUGGAACAAUACAAACGUCAAUGUGAACUUGUCAAAGAGUUUGAAGUCAACAACCGUAUAUUAAAGGAAGAACUGACGUAUUACCGAAACAACUAUCCUGAUUUCGAAAAAGUGCUUGAACAGAAGCUCAGUUUGCAACGCGAAAAUGCUCAGGCACAGCAACUCAAAGUAGCAUACCGAAAGUUACAAGAAGAAAACGAACGAUUACAGAAUGAACGAAAAGAAUGGGCUCAGUAUCUCGAAUCAAGCGACACAGCAGAUCAGCUGAACACACCACGUGACAUCAUCUAUCGAUUAGCGCAUGAAAAACAAGCUAUUCAAGAAUCUCAAUCGCAAGUACAACAACUCAAAGAGCGACUUGAACGAAGCGAGGCUAGAGAUGUUGAAUUAAACAACAAGCUUGAAGAAUCGCAUGCCAAGAUUGCCGAACUCGAGACUCUCGCCAAGAAAAAUGAGGUCGAAAAGGAAGUAGCAGUGCAAGAAAAGCAACUCAUAAUUCUCCAUCGUGACAUGUUGGCUUCUCAAGUAGCAAGCAUGUCAAAGUUGGAAGAAGAAGCUACAACAUCAGAAGAUAAAACUUUCCCGUUGACCCAUCGUAUCGAGGAGCUCGAAUCGUUGUUAAAAGAAUAUCAAGGUCAAUUGGCUCAAACAAAAAACACACUCAUUCGCGAACGAGCACAGCGAGCAACUGCACCACCACCAUCAUCAUCGUCAUCGUUUGUAUCCAGUAGCGGAGGGGUUGAAAGCCAACAGCAGCAUGCUACGGAUGAACGUAUCUUGGAGCUCAAAAGUAGUCCCGCCAAUAUCGAACAACAGUGUCGCUCAGAGGAAUUGUCGCGCCUUCGAACUGAAAACAGACAACUACUGGCCCAGCUACUGUUGUAUCAACAAGAUAAUUAUGAUGAUACUGUGGACGUUGGUGAAAAGCGAAAGCGAGAAGUAGGCGGAUCAUCAUCGGGAGAGCAGUUGGGCGACGGACACACAAUCAAGAUCCCGCGAGUUACGCUGGAUACUUUGGAACAAGAUAAAGAACAGCUCAAGAGCGAAAAGGCUGGAUUGGAAAAGCGUAUACGUCGUCUUAAUGAGAAAUAUGGUGUACGACACCAGGCAACCUUGGAUCAGAUCGAGCGGCUAUUAGGGUACAAGUUGAUAUUUACACAAGACAAUAUCAAGAUCAGCUCAGCGGCUGUGGAUAGCGAUCAACUUCUGUUCAUAUAUACAGUUGAUGAAUUCGACCGUCCUAAGCUGCGUGUCUCUGGAGCAGCCAGAAACGAUUACAUGGAGUAUCUUCGAGGCACAUAUGAUACCUUUAUCGGUGAACAAGGCAAUAUACCAGCGUUCUUGAGUUCCGUCACUUUGGAACUUACGAAUAUACAUGCCGCGCAAUGGGAUGCUGCCCAAGAGUCAUCUGGAAUAUUUGAAGAGACGUCUGAAACAUACUACGAUACUGAAAAUGCAUACGACCACGAUGAAGGACAAUCUAUCCAUAUGGAUGAGGGCGAAUACUACGAGGAAGGAGAGGUACAAGAAGAAGAAGAGGAAUACUACGACGAUGAGGAGUAUGAUGAAAUGAAUGAGAAUGAUCUCAGCGAUCAAUCUCGUGAAGGACCUGGAUAUAACCACGAUGAGCCCAUCACGAUUGAUGACGAUGACGAUUAAAGAGUAUUUUUAAAAAAAUGCUAUCAAUUCAUGCGAGUCCACAAGUGGUUUUUGUAUUACAGUUGGGGAGGUGUUUUCUUACUUUUGUAUGCGGG